UCGCCACACUGAAUAGCCAUGGGCAAGUUCAUGAAGCCUGGUCGAGUGGUACUGGUGCUCAGUGGUAGAUAUGCCGGACGUAAGGCUCUCAUUGUCAAGAAUUACGAUGACGGGUCUCCUGACAAGCCGUAUGGCCACGCUCUCGUGGCAGGGAUAGAACGCUACCCCAGGAAAGUCACAAAGGGCAUGGGCAAGAAGAAAAUCAAGGACCGCUCAAAGCUGAAGGCCUUUGUCAGAGUGUAUAACUUCAAUCAUUUAAUGCCCACAAGGUACUCUGUUGAUGUGAACCUGCAGAAGGAGGUUGUCAACAAAGAUGCUUUCAGAGAUCCAGCCAAAAAGAGGAAAGCCAGAAGAGAGGUCAAAGCCAAGUUUGAAGAAAGAUACAAGACUGGCAAAAACAGAUGGUUUUUCCAGAAGCUGCGUUUCUAAACUGUAAAAAUAUAGGGCCGAAUAAAGAAAAAACUGUCCAGUACA